CUCCAGCGAGGCGGCAGGGAAGCGCUGCCCAGCCUCCCCGGCAGAGGAGCAGUGCCGUUCGGCGCCCGGCUCGGCAGCCCGGCCCCGCGCCUGCCCGCCCAGGGCAUGCCACCACCGCUGCUGCCCACCCCGCGGCCCUCGCUGCCACCACCACCGCCGCCGCUCACCCCCGUGCCCGACGUCCCCCCGGCCCCCGGCAGGCAGGCGCCGGCGGCGAAGCCGGCAGCGAAGGGAGCCGCUCUGCCGCUGGGGCUGAACGUGGUGAGGAUCCACUGCCAGAACGAAGCCGUGUACCAGUACCACGUGUCCUUCAGCCCCAACGUGGAGUGCCGGAGCAUGCGCUUCGCCAUGCUCAAGGAGCACCAGGAGGUGACGGGGGACGUCACCGCCUUCGACGGCUCCAUCCUCUACCUGCCCGUCCUGCUCCCGCAGCCGGUUGCUCUGAAGUGCCAGAGGAGGACGGACGGGGGGGAGGUCAGUAUGACCGUCCAGCUGACCAAGGUCCUGGAGCCCAGUUCGGACCUGUGCAUCCCGUUUUACAACGUGGUUUUCAGGAGAGUGAUGCGGAUUUUAGACAUGAAACUUGUUGGGAGAAACUUCUUCGACCCGACCAGGGCCGCCGUGCUGCAGCAGUACAGGCUGCAGGUUUGGCCGGGGUACGCCGUCAGCAUCCGGAAGAAGGACGGAGGUCUCUUCCUCUCGGUGGAUGUCAUCCACAAAGUCAUCCGCAGCGAUUCUGUCCUGAAUUUCAUGCACGCGAUCUACCAGCAGAGCGUCAGCGGCUUCCAGGACGAGUGCACCAAGCAGCUGGUCGGCAGCGUGGUCCUCACCCGCUACAACAACCAUACGUACCAGAUCGACGACAUCGACUGGAACAAGACCCCCAAGGACAGCUUCACCCUGGCCAGCGGCGAGGAGAUCACCUUCGUGGACUACUACAGCAAAACCUACGGGAUCACGGUCAGAGAGCUGGACCAGCCGCUGCUGGUUCACAGGCGCAAGGAGGGGCUGACGCCGGAGGGGAAGCGUCAGCUCAACAUGAUACUGCUCGUGCCGGAGCUCUCUUUUAUGACGGGGAUCCCUGAGAAGAUGAGGAAGGACAAUCGGGCGAUGAAGGACCUGAUGUACGAGAUGUCGCACAGCCCCAAGCAGCACUACACGCGCCUGUGCAGCCUCCUGCGCAGGAUCGAGGAGAACCCGGACGCCGCGCGGGAGCUGGUGCGCUGGGGCCUGCGCCUGGACAAGGACAUCUGCAGGACCCAGGGCCGAAUCCUGCCCGUGGAAAGAAUCAACCUGCGGCACAGCACCUUCACGCCCUCUGAGGACCUGAACUGGAACAAAGAGGUGGUGCGGGAGGUCUGCAUCUCCACGAUCGCCCUGAGCUACUGGGUGCUGGUUUACCCAAAGCGCCUGCAGGGCCUGGCGAAAGAGCUGGUGGCCACGAUGGAGAAGGUGUGCGGCCCCAUCGGCAUGCAGGUGAACCUGCCUGCCUGGGUGGAGCUGAAGGACGACCGUGUCGAGACCUACGCCAAGACCAUCAAAUGCGUGCUGGCCAGCGAGCAGCGGGUGCAGAUGGUGCUCUGCAUUACCACGGGCAACAGGGAGGACUUGUACGGAGCCAUCAAGAAGCUGUGCUGCGUGCAGUCCCCGGUGCCGUCGCAGGUCAUCAACGCGCAGUCCCUCAUGGGCAACGCCAGCAAGAUGAGGAGCCUCGCCCAGAAGGUCCUGCUGCAGAUGAACUGCAAGCUGGGCGGGGAGCUCUGGGGGAUCGACGUCCCCUUGAAACACCUGAUGGUCAUCGGCAUGGACGUGUACCACAACCACAGCAGGGCCGCGCGCUCCGUGAUCGGCUUCGUCGCCAGCACCAACCAGGUGCUCACCAAGUGGUACUCGAGGGUGGUCUUCCAGAUGCCGCACCAGGAGAUCGCCGACAGCCUGCGGCUCUGCCUGGCCGAAGCCCUGCAGCGCUUCCACGAGAUGAAUCACUGCUUGCCCAAGAAGAUCGUGAUUUACAGAGACGGCGUGUCCGACACCCAGCUCGACACGGUGGUGAAGUACGAGAUCCCGCAGCUGCAGAAGUGCUUCGAGACCUUUGCGGACUACAAGCCCAGCGUGGUGGUGGUCGUGGUGCAGAAGCAGAUCAGCACCAACUUCUACUCGACCGUGGCGGAGAACUUAGUGGCCCCUCCGCCGGGGACGGUCAUCGACCACACGGUCACCAGCUUGGAGUGGAAAGACUUCUUCUUGUUGGCCCAUUGCUCCCGCCAGGGCUGCAGCGUCCCCACGCGCUACAUCUGCGUGCUGAACACGGCCAACCUCAGCUCCGAGCACCUGCAGAGGUUGACUUUCAAGCUCUGCCACUUGUACUGGAACUGGCCGGGCACCAUCCGGGCGCCGGCGCCCUGCAAGUACGCCCACAAGCUGGCCUUCCUCGCGGGGCAGGUGCUGCACCACGAGCCCGCCGUCCAGCUCUGCGACAAGCUCUUCUUCCUAUAGCCGGGGGCAGCGGCGCAGGGGCGUCCCGAGCCCCCCCGUUACGUCUCCUGCAAGGGCACUGUUCUCCCUUGGGUUUGUUUUUAUGAAUGCAUACGUAUGGUUUCUUCAGUUCACUCUCCCUGUUGCUUUAAAAGGGCACGCGAGGCGCGAGCUGGCUCGGGAAGGAGCCCGCGAGCGGCGCUGGGCUCCGGGCGGAGGGAGGUGCUCUGCCUCCUGCCUGGUGCCGCUCGUCCCUGCUCCGUGCGCGGGAACAAAAGCGGCCCCUGUAAUCACAGCCGCCUUCUCCCUCGCCAAACGCGACGCCCCGCCGGCGCCGCGCCGCAAGCCGCUCUCCCCGGCCCGCUGCCGCUGGGCCCUCCCUCUGCCCGCCGCUGUUUUGCUCGGAGAUCGCUCUGGCGCUUGCACGGAGGAGUCAAAGAAGUCACUUGUUUCGUAAGGAGAAGUCUUUAUUUUAUUUAUUUUAGGACAGCACUAAACAUCCCCAGGGAAAAGCCCUCUGCGAAUGGUUCGGCUGUUUCGUGUGCUUUCUUGUCCCUCUCUGCAGCAGGAGAUGAGUUUAAGGACUUGGCAUUGAAAACUGUCAGCGAGCAAAGGGGAGCUGCUGGCGGAGCUCUGCCCAAAGCGCCCCAAACCCCCGGCUCUUGCAGUGGAGCAGCAUCGGGGAAGCCCCCGCGUGUCUGGCCGCUUGUGCGAGCGGGCAGCACUCACCGCAGCCGGGAGCCUCCCGGGCGGGCUGUGCCUGUAGCCUCUCCGCUCCAUUUUGGAGCAAAACUGUUGAAAACCACUUUUUUUUUUCUUGGUGUCACUGCAGACACCCGUUAACUUUAAUAAACCUGUUCCCGCA